GGAACUUGAGUUCUUCAAUAAUGGCGUCACACCCACUUUUUAGUGCAACGUAUUUAUUGGUUUUUAUUGCUACAAUGGGACUAACACUACACAAUAAAGACAUUAUUGUUCUUGCUCAGGCCAUGGGGUAUAAUUAUACGAAUUGCACAGCAGACGAGCCAUUACAUGAUAGUAACCCAACUUUAACCUUGAGCAAAAUAGUACUUAACUACUGCAGCAAAGGAAAGUACUUCAAUUACACCUUUUUGCUUCUUAACCCGGACAACGGCUGCACAACCUGUCCGAGAGACACCUUCCAGGACAAGAGAAAUGUCUGUCCACGGUGUAAACCAUGCACUGUAUGUGCAGAUGAUGAGGUGGAGGUGAGCUUCUGUCUUACAGCAACGAACAGAGUUUGUGGAGUGUUAUAUGACAACAGUACCGUACCUGCUUUGCCUACAACAUGGUACGGGGACGAGGAAACUACAUCUACCACAGGGUACAAGGAUGACGGGUCGACAACAAUAUCAGGUAGCACUACUGAAGAUUCGGGUGUAACAACAACAGAACGACCCUCUGACCCACCAGUUGUUUGUGUGCGUGCAGGAGAUGUCUCGGAUUAUUGGGCCCUUAUUGUAGCACUAGUUAUUCUCGACUUAGCUUACCUUAUCAACCUCUGCGUUACAGGAUACCUGUACAUUAGGUAAGCUUUGUAAACAUCGUGUAUUCUUGCACUCUAUGAAGCAAUUUAUACUUUUCUUAUUGCGAAAAUUA